AUGACAAAUAAGAACAAGGCCUUCGGUUGGGCCGCAAAAGACUCCUCUGGAGUUCUCUCCCCAUUUCACUUCACCAGGAGAGCGAAUGGAGAUGAUGAUAUUACCUUAAAGAUAUUUUACUGUGGAAUCUGCCAUGCAGACCUUCAAAUUUUAAGGGAUAAAUUUGGAUUUGGUCUUUACCCUGUUGUUCCUGGGCACGAGAUCGUGGGAAUAGUGACCCAAGUUGGACGCAAGGUAGAGAAAUUCAAGAUAGGUGAUAAAGUAGGCGUGGGGUGCAUGGUUGGCUCUUGCCGUGCUUGCGAAAACUGCCGGCAAGAUUUGGAAAGCUAUUGCCCCAAAUUGGAAUCUACAUACACCAUGUUUGAUGAUGGUACCGGAAAGAAAAACUAUGGUGGAUAUUCUGAUAUCAUAGUUGUUAAUGAGCACUUUGCCCUUCGCUUCCCCGAAAACCUGCCGUUAGAUGCCGCCGCACCGUUAUUAUGUGCCGGCAUUGCUAUAUACAGCCCCAUAAAGUACUAUGGACUUGAUAAGUCAGGAAUGCAUUUGGGAGUGGUAGGGCUUGGUGGACUUGGUCAUGUGGCAGUAAGGUUUGCUAAGGCCUUUGGCAUGAAGGUGACUGUGAUCAGUACAUCACCAGACAAGGAGGAGGAAGCAAUUGAAGGACUUGGGGCUGAUUUAUUUUUGGUUAGCAAAAACUUGGACCAAAUGAAGGUUAUGGUCAGCACAAUGGAUGGCAUUAUUGAUACAUCUUCUGCACCUCACCCUAUUGGACCUUUGAUUGAUCUGUUGAAGCCUCAGGGGAAGCUAGUGAUGGUGGGAGCACCACAAAAAACUGUGGAGCUGCCACUAUUUUCAUUACUUAUGGGGAGGAAGCUAGUUGGGGGAAGUACAAUAGGUGGGAUGAAGGAAACACAAGAAAUGAUAGAUUUUGCAGGGAAGCACAACAUAGUGGCAGAUAUUGAACUUAUAUCCAUGGACCAUGUGAACACAGCUAUGGACAGACUUGUUAGAGGAGAUGUUAGAUAUCGAUUUGUCAUUGAUAUAGCUAACAACUUACAUGCUUAG